AUGUCAUCAUCAACAAACUCAUUACCUAUUCGUAAGUCUAAAAGAAUUAGAAACUUAACACCUAAAGCAAUAACUAACAAUUUAAAUUUUUUAGUUUCCUCAAAUAAUCUAGAAAUUAUAGAACAACAACAACCACUAAAAAGAGCCAGUGAAGAUAAUACUAGUAAUAAUUCACAACUAAAAAAGAGAAAAACAUCAAGCACAAUUGAAGAAGAAGAAAAACUACAAGAUAAAGAUAAAAUAGAUCCAGUUGAAAAAUUAUUAUCUUUAACAAAUAUAAAUAAUGAUUUUAUAUUAGAUUUAGAUAUAAAUGAAUCAAAUACCUCAAUCAAUAACCAUUCAUCAUCAAUAUCAUCAGACUCAAUUUCUUCAGUAAUGUCAAACACAUCCUCAUCAAAAAGAUCAUCAUCAAUACAAUCAUUAAAGAAUUGCGCAUACAGUUACGAAGAUUCAGAAGCUUCAGAUGAAGAAUAUGAAGACGAAGAACCGAUUGAAAUUGAAUCUGUAAAUUUUACUCAAAUUUUAAAUGAUAAUAUUCGAAAUUACUAUAAACAAAAAUCUCAAAAUCAAUAUAAAGAUUCUUUUACUUUAUUAAAUAAUAAAAAUAAUAUAUAUUCAGAUAAUUUUAACGUUAUUACAAAAGAUUCAUUAAAUCAAAAUACCACUAACACGACAAACAAUAAAUCAUCAGUUCCAUUUUUUAAAAAUGUAAAUUUUGGUAGAUCAAAAGAAUAUUCAAUUGAGGAUUUUGUAACUUAUGGAGAUGAAGAAGAACAAGAAAAAGAAAUAGAACCAACUACAACCGCUACUACUACCAAUAAAAAUAUUUAUUUCGAAUCAGAAGAAGAUGAGGAUCCAAUAUCAACUACAGUAUCACCAAUAUCAUCACCAACUACUUCAAAUUCAAAUCUUUCUAUCUCAACUCCACCCACAUUAACUACAACUACUUCUACACCAGAUUCAAUUUAUCAAAUUCCAUUAUCUUCAAAUUUAUAUAUUCCAAAAAUUAAUAAUAAUUGGCUUAAAAGUCAAAAUUCAUCAAUCAAUAAUAACACAUCUCAAUUACAAUCAUUAAAUGAAUCAUAUUUUGAUUUAUCAAAUGUUUUAAAAAAGCAUAGUUUAAUCACUGCAAGUGAAAUGGUAUCAACUGGUAAUUUUAUGAUUAAUGAUUUUUAUUUAUAA